CAGUAUGAGUAUGAAGUUAUAAAAAGAGAUUUAAUUCAGUGAGUUUUGAAGGUUGAUGGGCCAAGUCGUGGGUUAUCAGUGGUGUAAAUAUGUGUUUUUUGAGAUAUGGACAACUUGUAGCUGUCGGUAACUGGACUGAUGAUUGGCUUUGUCCUUCUGGGUUUUCCAUAAAUUCCACUUCAAUGGCCCUGUAUAAUGUCUGGACAAGCCCUUAGAGAUCUCAAUGUACUCCCCCCGUCGGAAUUAGACAAAAAACCUGAUGGCUCUGUUAAAGGCAAGGUUUGCAUUGGGAAUAUUGUCGAAAAUCAUGAGAAGAAGACUAAGGUUCCCACGACCGUGUCUGAUUCCUUGUUGAAUGAUGCUGGCUUGGGGAACAAUGUGAUAGAAGCAGGAAAUUUAGAAGUUGAGUAUAUAGAUUCAGAGAAUCUGACUGAUCUACAGGACGUUGAUGCGUGCCUCAGUACGCUGUCAGCAAGGCUAGACUCAAAGGAGUGGGUUUCAAUAUGUGAAGCUUUAAACAAUGUUCGGCAGCUGUCUUUAUACCACAAGGAAAGGAUGAUGGAAAUGCUGGGUAGUGUGAUCCCGCUCAUCGUGAAGUCUUUAAAAAAUCCAAGAAGUGCUGUAUGCAAAACUGCGAUCAUGACAUCUGCGGACAUCUUUAAAGUCUAUGGGGAUGUGAUAAUUGACUCUGUUGACCCCUUGCUGGUACAACUUCUGCUUAAAUCUUCACAAGAUAAACGGUUUGUAUGCGAAGCAGCCGUGACAGCCUUGAUAGCAAUGACCACAUGGGUCUCUCCCUCUCUUUUACUACCUAAAUUACAGCCGUAUCUCAAGAACAAGAAUCCCCGCAUACGAGCCAAGGCAUCCAUGUGUUUCAGCAGAAGUGUGCCACGUCUGGGCAUUGAAGGGAUCAAGUCAUAUGGGAUUGAUAAGUUGGUUCAAACAGCAGCAUCUCAACUCAGUGACCAACUUCCCGAAUCAAGAGAGGCUGCUCGAGUCCUCGCAUUGGAAUUGCAAUCCGUGUACGAGAAGUCACAAGGCUCACCAACUGAAGACUCGAAGGAGGUGGAGAACGCGGACUCUUGGGAGGUCUUCUGCCAAGCCAAGCUUCCGCCUUUGAGUGCUCAAGCAAUUAUUCGUGUUACUUCGACUCCCAAAGAAGCUCUGGUAGCUGGUUGCUAGCCUGAAAGAUAUUACAACAAUUGGUUUGGCACUCAUGCUAUUGCUUUUUCGAUUGAUCUUUUUGUACAUGGUAUAUGAACAAGUAGUCUACGCCGUGAUCAUCUAGCUCUUUGUUUUCGGUAUACCGUUUGGUAUUAAUUGAAUCCGGUAUUGUUUGAACUUGGUUCUAAAUUCUGAUAGUUGAGGAAAAACAAGACUUCUUUUAGGUAUCUUUUGAAUAAAAACCAUUUUUCUCAUCA